ACCUCUCUUUCACAGAACUCUUACGUUACCCAAAAAAUUCAAGGAAUAUUCUUCUCAACAAUAAUUCCUUUUGCGCAAACGAUACUUGUAUGAUCACGACCAUUCCAGCACAACAUCACUCUUGGGAGUGAUCAGCCAAAUCGCAAAGAUGGCCGAAUCCGAAUCCGAACCCAAGGAAUUUACUCAGUUUACUGAGAUUGAUUGGAAGCGCCAGGAUGAACAAGACGCAAAGGCUCUGGAGAGUGUGUUGAGGGCGAGUGGUGAGAAUGGCGAGAUUAAUUUUGGCGACGAACCUUUGGACCUGGGCGAGAAGGCAGACGAUGCGCAGGAUUUCGAGGACAUCAGUGAUGACGAUUUACCAGAGGAGGAGGAAGCUUCUCUACCAAGCGCCGUCGAUUUGCCCGCCUUGACCGAUGAUGCUGGCACGAACCAUGAUACCGACGAUCUAUUUGGAGAAGGAAGAGAUUCUUCGCCAUUCGGGUUUGAUGAACAUAUCGAAAUACAAGAUGGAGAAUCACAAGCUGCAGAAACUACAGUUCAGGAAUUACCUGAUGCGCCUGCUGAAGAAGAAGAUUUACUGGAGCUCAAUUUUCCAGGUUACAAUCAAGCUAGGUUGAACAACCAAGAUCUAUCGAUUCCGGCUCCUGCAGAAUCCGAAUCAGAUUUGGCCAAGCAGUUAUUUCCAAGUCUCGAGCCCGGUGUAAUAUUGAACUUCAAUGAACUUUUACCUCCAAAGCUCGCACAUUUUGUCCCAAAAGUACCGCUGAAGCAACCUAAACCCUUAAAUCCUACAAAAGUCAGCCUAGAUCUCGCUCCCGACCAAGAAAAAUCUUUCCGCAGCAAUAUAGGAACAGCGACAGGCGAUAAGCGCAAACGCGUGGCCGAAGCGGAAGCUAAAGGGCUUGUUGCUAUCAUUGAAGAAUCUGCUGAUGAGGCAGAGAGUGAGGAAACUUUCGAUUUCGAAGAGCCAGCGGAGGAUGAGAAACUUGGCGGGGUGACUUGGGCGGAUCUUCAGAUGAUUUGUGAUGACUGGGAUUCUAAGAUCAAUGCGAUACCUAUAGAGGCUCAACCGAAAUCCCCAGUUACGCAGGGAGACGACGAUGCUUGGCUUGAAUUCAUGUAUUCAGGCAAGAACAAGCCAAAGGCAGAAGAGAAGAACUAUUUUAAUAUCCCUCAAUUUGCUGUCCCGUCUUUCGAUAAUCUGCAGAAGGCCGUUGCGAUAUCGGCCAAGCGCCCUUUCUUAGAUCUUAACGAUCCAAACCUCCUUAUAGAAGAGCUCAAAUUCACCUCGGUGGCUAACAAACGUCAACGUCUAGGUGGAAACUUCAGGGGAGGAAACAACAUCAUUUCUACGAAAUUAAGGGAGCGCUUCAAUAUUUCAAACGACGAAGCUUACGAUGCUCUCAAGGAGAACCAUCAAAGUAAGGUCAGAGCAGCUAUUGGAAACCUUACCGUUGAGCAUAGUCUUCCUGCAUUACGUCUUCAAUGGCCAUAUUACAAGGUCAAACUAUACACCAAGGAGGCCAGAGCCUUACAUCGACCGACCCUCAGAUUCAAUAAAUGGCUCAAUCAGCCUGUCACAUUCGACAAACCAGGCAUGCGAAAGAAGAAGGAAGCUAGAACGAUGUCUAUUGCAGAAGUCUACAAAGAAUCAAAAGACCUUACGCUAGGUGACUUCUACUCCACUGCUACUUUGAUUGAAUAUUCCGAGGAACAACCUAUAGUUCUUUCAAACUUCGGCAUGGGUAACAAAAUCAUCAACUAUUACCGACGUAAGGAUGCGGAAGACCAGGAUAGACCCUCUCCAGAGGACAAGAUUGGCGACACUACUAUUCUCCUGCCAGAGGAUAAGUCUCCGUUCGCAAAUUUCGGUUUCGUGGAUCCGGGCGAAACCGUUCGAGCUCUGCACAAUGAAAUGUAUCGCGCUCCAAUAUUCAAGCACCAACCUAAAAAUACCGACUUCCUCUGUGUGCGCAGUACUACGGGAGUUCAUGGUACAACAUGGCACCUCCGCAAUAUAGAUAAUCUAUUUGUUGCAGGCCAACAAUUUCCGUCCAUCAAAGUACCAACCCCGCACUCGAGGACUGUUACAAAUGCUACCAAGAAUCGGGUUAAGAUGAUUGCUUUCAGAAAAAUCAGACGUAGUAACACCAAGUCCCUGAGAAUAGCCGAGCUUACUGCUCACAUUCCCGACACGAAUGACAUGCAGAACAGAGCAAAAUUGAAGGAGAUUCUAGUCUACGAUAAGAAUGAAAAAGUUUGGCGUCCUGAGGAAGGUACUAUCAUUCCCGAUGAAGCUGCUUUGCGAUCCUUAGUCAAACCAGAGGAUUGCUGCAUGAUUGAUGCGAUGCACGUUGGAUGUAGAAAUCUCGCAGAUGCUGGUCUUUCAGAAUUGACAGAAAAAGAGGAAGGCGAUGAAGCAUUCGUCGACCGACCUAUUGAUUUCAAGCUUACCCCUUGGAACACCAGCAAAGCUUUCUUGGAUGCAACUUCGGGCAAAGCAAUGCUUGAACUUCAUGGCGAUGGUGAUCCGUCUGGAUGUGGGCUUGCAAUCAGUAUGAUACAAACCUCCAUGAAGGGAGGUUACAUUGGCGCCGUUCAAGGUCCAAAUGCGACAUCCGCAGCUGCUAUAGCCGCAGAGAGAAAGGCAAACGGCGGGCAUACCUAUAAUGUCAAGAAGCAAGAAGAGCUCUACAACAACGCUAUUCGUGAUAUUUGGGAGAAGCAAAAGUCGACUUUGUCAGAUACCAACGAACACAUCUCAAAUGAAUUAGAAGAAGUCGACGAAGACGAACGAUUUCGCGUGGCACCUACUCCACACUCCAUGGCCACUCCUGCAGCUGGCGACGAUAAUUUUAGCCAAGUCAGCAGAGUCAGUAACACGGACAAUCCCUCGGGGAAAUUCAUGCGUAUUACUCGCAAGGUCAAAGUGGGCAAUUAUGGACAAACCGAAGAGCGGGUCGAAACGGUCAAAGAUAUGCGCGUUUGGAAGGAAUAUAUCAAGCGCAAAAAGGUCCUAGAGGCUGCCAAUUCAGAUGUUUAUGCCAUUACUCCUUCGGGUGAUGCAGAUCUUGACAGAGCUACACAGAUGCAAGUACAAAAGGAACUCGACCGUCUCGAGCGCAACAAGGAUCGUCGUCACGCCCGCGAAAAGCAGAAGUCCAAACAAUCCAUGGCUAGCCAACAGCUUCUUAACCCUGGUUCUCCUGGCCCAUCCGGAACUCCCGUUUCCAGCAUUGAAAAGCCAACUGGUACUACGAGGAAGUGUGCAAAUUGUGGCCAGACGGGUCACAUCAAGACGAACAAAAAACUCUGUCCCCUUUUGAAUGGUACUAUGAAACCCGAAGACGGCGCACCCAAUCAUGGUGGAUUUGGUGCUAUUCAAGCACCACCAGCUUUUGGUUAGUUUGUGGGACAAAACUGCGUUGGUGAGCAGAAGAUUGAUGUUCUCCGCGCCUCCGCUUUCUAUUUACGCACCGUACCACCUUGGGCCCGCAAUAUACGAAAAAUGUUCACGAGGAGCAUCGCGCAAGGCUUUCUUAUUUGGCACAUUGAAAUUGCUUCACUUUAUUUAUUCCCUUUGACGACUGUUUAUUGCAAAGAUUGGGGUUGAUUUGAUAAAUUGGAGAAAUCCCAAGAAAUCCUCUUGAUGAAUUGAAGCAAGUACAUGAACAAUUACAGAUCAAAUAAAAUGGGCUUCUAAUUCAAUAUACCCAAUCGAAAGCCUGGAACGGAAAACGCGGCGGAGGGACCGACAGAAAGAUCUAGCCUUGUCGCUAAGUCUGGGGUGAUUCUGGAAUCUCAUGGCGAGGGAAGAAAAUGCGAGGCAUAGAGUCUCUUGUUGAUAUUUUUGGUACGAUAUUGGUCUGAAGAACGCUCACACCAUUACCGUUGCAAUUGCCACUCAAUUAGCAGAACUUACUCCGUCAGAAAGGGACAUCCAAGUUUACCUGAUAGGACUAUUAGGACAGUCGGGCGGAUCGAGACAGGGCGGUUAACUGUACAAAGCUAAAUGGCAUGCGAGCCACAAUACGAUAUGCAUUAGAGGCAGAGGGUGGUUUUAUAUUUCUUUCUUUCAUUCUUUCCUAACUGAUUUUCCCUUUCUGGUAACCGUAGGAGGAACAUCGGUUGGGUUCUUUUAACAAAUUGGUCCCUGAUUACUCUCGCGAACAGGUAAUGACCGGCGUUUGCUCAGGUUGGGUUAUGGCAGGGAGUAUGGAGUUUACAAAAUGGUGGUUAAAUGGAUCGGGUCUGCAUAGCGCGGUACAAUAUGGGAGGUAACACAUUUGACAAGGACUUGGUUUAUACGAUUAAUGGAGAGGGAAGGACAAAAACUUUAUGCUUUUCUCGAGAUUUGCCCUAGGCAUGCUUAUUCUGCGAAUGACACUGUUUGUGCCGGUGUGCUGGUCGUAAUUCACGCGGCAUGAGGGUGCAAUGGUAUCUUAUGCAGGGAAGAGCUGCAUAUUUUAAAACAGGCAGAUGGCUACGCUACCUUUUGUUAGAUAGAUAGCACCAGAAUUCAAAAAUUUGAUGGU